GCCGGGCUCGUGCCCGCGCGUGGGGCCGCGGCCGCGGGGACGGCUUCGCCUCGAGUCGUGCAGAGUAGCUGGGCGGCAGCAUCGCUGACGCUAGUCAGGUCAGACUAGCUGGCCAGCAAGACCCCGGGAUUCUCCUAUCUCUUCCUUGCUGUGCCGGGGCCCUAGGUGUGUGAGGCCCAGUCCCUGUGAGGAUCUCGCUGGGAUCUGAACCUGUCCUCAGGCUUGCCCACAGGCUCUCCUCUCUCCUCAGCCUUCAGGGACAGGAAGACCAGGUGAAUGAUUUCACAGAACAUGCCUGUUUGCUGAGAAUGUCUGUGAACCUAGCAAACCAGGAGCACGCCUGUCGCUGAAGAGCGUCUUGUCUGCAGACACUUCACAGACUCGCCUGAGAGGCUUUCCCCAAACUGCACUGCACCCUCGCUGCUGCUCCAGACUUGAGCUGCUUGGGACUCUUCUCAUGUGGAUCUAAGGGGAAUGCUUUACUAUGGCUGCUGUGGUUCAACAGAACGACUUAGUGUUUGAAUUUGCAAGUCCGGUCAUGGAGGAUGAGCAGCAGCUUGGUGAUCCUGCUAUAUUUCCUGCUGUCAUUGUGGAACAUGUUCCUGGUGCUGAUAUUCUCAACAGUUAUGCUGGUCUAGCCUGCGUGGAGGAGCCCAAUGACAUGAUUACUGAGAGCUCACUGGAUGUUGCUGAAGAAGAAAUCAUAGACGACGAUGAUGACGACAUCACUCUUACAGUUGAGGCUUCUUGUCAUAAUGGAGAUGAGACAAUUGAGACCAUUGAGGCUGCGGAGGCGCUCCUCAAUAUGGAUUCCCCUGGCCCUCUACUGGACGAGAAGCGAGCCAACAAUAAUAUAUUUAGCUCCUCCGAAGAUGACAUCGUUGCCCCGAUCACCCAUGUGUCCGUCACAUUAGAUGGGAUUCCUGAAGUGAUGGAAACCCAGCAAGUGCAAGAGACAAAUGCGGACUCCCCAGGAGCCUCCUCCCCAGAGCAGCCUAAACGAAAGAAAGGAAGAAAAACAAAACCACCACGGCCCGAUUCCCCAGCCACCACACCAAAUAUAUCUGUGAAAAAGAAAAAUAAAGACGGGAAGGGAAACACAAUUUACCUUUGGGAGUUUUUGCUGGCUCUACUUCAGGACAAAGCUACCUGUCCUAAGUACAUCAAAUGGACGCAGCGAGAAAAAGGCAUUUUUAAGCUGGUGGAUUCUAAAGCCGUGUCUAGAUUGUGGGGGAAGCACAAAAACAAACCUGACAUGAACUACGAGACCAUGGGGCGAGCACUCAGGUACUAUUACCAAAGAGGUAUUCUUGCAAAAGUGGAAGGCCAGCGCUUGGUGUAUCAGUUUAAAGAAAUGCCAAAAGAUCUUAUAUACAUAGAUGAUGAGGAUCCAAGUUCCAGCAUGGAGUCUUCGGAUCAGUCAUUAGCGUCAACAACUACAUCAAGUCGGAAUCAAGCAAACCGGUCAAGAGUAUCUUCAAGUCCAGGAAUAAAAGGGGGGGCCACUACAGUUCUAAAACCAGGGACUUCUAAAGCUGCAAAAGCCAAAGAUCCCAUGGAAUUUGGACAGCCUUCAGAAGUUUUGAGGACAGUGCAGCCCUCACAGGCUCCCUAUCCUACCCAGCUCUUCCGGACUGUUCAUGUAGUACAGCCAGUACAAGCUGUCCCAGAAGGAGACGCAGCCAUAACCAGCACCAUGCAGGAUGAAGCAGCAAAUUCUUCAGUUCCAAGUAUUAGGACGAUACAGGCUUCAACCCAGGUUCCAGUAGUCGUGUCUCCUGGCAACCAACAGUUACAUACAGUAACACUCCAGACAGUGCCACUCACAACGGUUAUAGCCAGCACAGACCCAUCAUCAGGCGCAGGGCCUCAGAAAUUUAUCUUACAAGCCAUCCCAUCGUCACAGCCCAUGACAGUACUGAAGGAAAACGUCAUGCUACAGCCACAGAAGCCGGGCUCUCCUCCCUCAGUUGUCCUCAGCCCCACCCAAGUCCAGCAGGUCCUCACAAGCAACGUUCAGGCCAUUUGCAAUGGAGCCGUCAAUAUGGCGUCCUCACCAUCGUUCAGCACCACUACCCCUGUGGUAACUUUCUCUCGGAGUUCACAGCUGGUUGCACACCCACCUGGCACUGUGAUCACUUCUGUUAUCAAAGCUCAGGAAACAAAAACUCUUAAACAAGAAGUGGAGAAAAAGGCUGAAGAUCACUUGAAUGAAGACACUGAGAAAACGGAACAGCAGCCCCAGCCAUAUGUGAUGGUGGUAUCCAGUUCAAACGGGUUCUCCUCUCAGGUCGCCAUCAAACAGAAUGAACUGCUGGAGCACAACUCUUUUUAAUACACCAAAGGAAUUAUGGGUGGUUAUUUUUUUAAAUUGAACUCAUUUUUUUCGGUUGUCUGACCAUAACAUGAUUUUUUUCUAAGAUAAAAUCCACAGAAGUUCUUAAUUUUAUAAUUGUUAAAAAGUUACUUUUGACUUUGCUAGAUAAGGAGGAAAACCCAAGUGUGUCUCUUCUCUAAAUGUUUCAGAACUUAGUUGUGAAGGAGCAGGAAUUUUAUACGAUGAAGAAAUUCUUGAGAUUUUUUUCAGUUUCUAUAGCAUAAGUAUUUUUAAAGUUUCUUUUCUAGCUUGACACUGUACUAGCUUCCUGAAUUGUUUGAAAAUACUACUUAAAUAUAAGACAACAGGAAAUUUAUAUAGGAAACAUUUUCAUUCCACUGGUAUAGUGUAAGUCUUGGCUCUUCAGAUGCAAGACUUAUUUUAUACUAUUAAAAUUGUUGUGAUGCCACUUAGCUUGACUUUAGUUGGCUGGACUGUUUAAUAUACUACGAAUUUGUAAAAUAACAUUAUAAAUUGAAAUGUAUAUGCCCAAUGUGUUGGCAUAUACUUGUAAUCCUAGCACUUGGGAGGUGGACAAAGGGCAAUUAGGAGGUCAAGGCCAGCCUUAGCUACAUAGUAAGUUUGAAGCCAGCCUGGGCUACAUGAAACCUUUCAAAAAGCCAAAACAAAUAACAAAAAUAUUUAAGUGUGCCUAUGAUAAUGUCUGAACCUGACUUUAAGAAAUGUGAUGUUAUAAAGGCAGCACUUAUAACACGUCCACUAGGUGGGUGUGUGACCUUCCGCAGGCUACUCUACCUGCUAGGUGUGUGACCCUGGGCAGGCCACUCUACCUGCUAGGUGUGUGACCCUGAGCAGGCCACUCUACCUGCUAGGUGUGUGACCCUGGGCAGGCCAUUUCACCUGCUAGUCUGUGCCAUUCUGGUAAAAUGAAGGGAUGCAUUGGACUAGGCAAAAAUGAUCCAUAAGUUUCCUUUUUAUUAUAUAUUUUAUGAUUCUAUUAUCUGUAAUUUAAAAAUUGGAAUAUUACCAGAUUAUUUGCUUAUGUAAAUAUAGGUAAAAUACUGCUUAAAAAUGUUUUCGUCACAAAAUUACUAUCAGUAAGGUCUGCCAUAAAUUCUUCCUAAGUUCUUUGCUCAUUAAUCCUUAGACCACAAUUACUAAUAUUGUGGUUUAUUAGUCAGCUGAGUGCUAAAUGACAGACUGCUAUUCUAAAGAGUCAGGUCUCUGAGGGCCAAAGAAGCAACUGGAGUCCUGAGCUAGUAUAGCUGAGUCAGGUAUUAUUAUAAAAGCAUAAUUGUUUUUUAUUUGCAUCAUUUUUUACUGUGGGUGAAGGGGAAGGGAAGUGCAUACAAAGAUAUCAUAUAUCCAAGUUUCUGAAGUAGAGUUUUUAGAUUACUUUUUCAAUGUAAAUAAUGUACAUUUAAUGUCACAAGAAAUUGUUUUCUGCAAAUUCUCUAGUAUAGAAAGUUUUGUAGAAGAAAAAUUGUUGUGUUUAGAGGGCUAAUAUUAUAUGUUUUCAUAUGAUAAAAUGAAUUUGUAUUUAAACAAAAAUUUUAAAUUUUGGAAUCCUCUAAACAUUUUUGUAUCUUUAAUUGUUGUUAUUAAAUCAUGUAAAAGUUCUCAAUA